AAGCGCCACUGCUUCUCACUCUUCCUACCAACAAGGCUCCAGUACCAAUACCUCUCCACAUUCUUUCCAGGCAUGUCCCUUUCAUACAAGAAGCCGAGGGCACUAGAGCGGUAUAUCUAUCCCCACAUAGGCACCCACCACUUUCAGUUCAAAACAAUUCUCAUUCUUUCUCCCCAUAGUUUUCCUACUGGAAUUAAUCUCGUUUCUUACUCGUAGCCCCAGUAGAUUUCGAGUCACUUGAGAGAAUGCUCAAGCUCUUGGAUUUUUCUCUUAGGCUCUCUGUUAUUCCUCUUAGUGUUGCCACCAUAUGGUUAACUGUUACCAACAAGCAGGAUAAUAGCAUCUAUGGUUAUCUGAAAUACAGCGAUCUCACGGGACUCAAGUACAUGGUUUUCAUCAGUGGUAUCUGUGCUAGCUAUGCUUUUAUUGCCGCUGUCUCCACAUGGAUCCGAUGCAUUGUUACUAAAACUUGGCUGUUCUUUGUCUCGGACCAGAUUGUAGCUUACUUGAUGGUUACAUCCGGGACUGCAGUCUUAGAGAUAUUAUACUUGGCUUACAAUGGUGAUAGAGAAGUCUCAUGGAGUGAAGCCUGCACUUCUUAUGGGAAGUUUUGCUAUAGAAUGAAGCUGGCUGUGAUUCUCCAUGCUUUGGCUCUUUCCUGCUCUAUUAUUUUAGCUGUAAUCUCGGCUUAUAGAGCUUUUAGCAUAUUUGAACCUCCUCUUGUUCCUUCUAAAGUAGUUGAAGAAGAUAGAGCUUAAAUGGCUUUUUUUUUUUAAUGGUCAUGUUGUUGAUCUGUUUAUGUAAUUGAAUAGGGUUCCGUCGCAGACAAUCUACGCUUUUCAGUUAAAUAACAUGGAUAUGAAAGCCAUGGAUAAAUUUGCUA